AUGGCCCACUCCAAAGUAGUUAUUAUCGGCUCCGGCCCGGGCGCCCACACUGCCGCGAUCUACCUGUCGCGUGCUGAGCUUCAGCCUGUCCUCUACGAGGGCAUGCUCGCCAACGGCACUGCCGCUGGUGGCCAGCUCACUACCACCACCGACGUCGAGAACUUUCCCGGUUUCCCCAACGGCAUCGGCGGCGCCGAGCUGAUGGUCAACAUGCGCCAGCAGUCCGAGCGAUUCGGCACCGAGAUCAUCACCGAGACUAUCUCAAAACUCGACCUUUCGCAGCGACCUUUUAAGAUGUGGACUGAGUGGAGCGAUGGCCCCAAUGACCCUCCUACCCGCACCGCCGACGCCGUCAUCAUCGCCACCGGUGCCAACGCUCGCCGUCUGAACCUUCCCGGCGAGGAAAAGUACUGGCAGAACGGCAUCAGUGCCUGUGCCGUGUGUGACGGUGCUGUUCCUAUCUUCCGUAACAAGCCUCUGUACGUGAUCGGUGGUGGUGACUCGGCGGCCGAGGAGGCUAUGUUCCUGGCCAAGUACGGUAGCCACGUUACUGUCCUGGUUCGCAAGAACAAGCUCCGUGCUAGUAAGGUCAUGGCUGAGCGUCUGCUCGCUCACCCCAAGUGCACUGUGCGUUACAACUGUGUUGCCACGGAGGUGAUUGGUGAGGCCAAGGACAACGGUCUCAUGACCCACCUUCGUGUCAAGAAUGUUACCGAUGACAAGGAGGAGGUUGUUGAAGCCAACGGUCUCUUCUACGCUAUUGGCCACGACCCAGCCAACGCUCUGGUCAAGGGUCAACUUGACCUGGAUGAGGAUGGAUACAUCAUCACCAAGCCCGGUACCAGCUUCACCAGUGUCGAGGGGGUUUUCGCUUGCGGUGACGUCCAGGACAAGCGCUACCGCCAGGCUAUCACCAGUGCCGGUUCCGGCUGCAUUGCUGCUCUCGAAGCCGAGAAGUUCAUCUCGGAAAUUGGUGAAGAGCCCAAGCCCCACGUUUAA